UUGCAGCUAACCGAAGAAACAUUUUUGAAUGCGGAAAAAACCGAGCUGGAUGCGCAUUUUGAAAAUCUAUUGCAACGAGCCGAUAAAACGGAAGAACAUACGAAACGAUUACUUUCUGCCAUGGAAAGAAGCGCUUUGUUGAAAACAGCACAAGCGGAAUUCAAAAUAGGCGCCGGAGAAAGGGAUUUUAUCAACGGUUGCGCAAGCAGUACCCUCCUACCGAUACGACGCUUCCUGGAAGGUGACAUGAAAACAAUUCAGGUACAUUAUUACCAUUUCAAUUCAGGUCCAUCUUAAAC